UCUUCGUCUCAGUUCCCUUCGCUUUCCGCUUUACACAGAGAAGAGGACAGAGGCGAAGAGAGAGAGAUGAAGCGAAGCUAUUGGCAUGGUAGUAGAGAUUGGCUAGGGUUUAUAAUAGGGUUUGUGUAUAUAUGCGAGUCAAUCUCACAAGUCUCUGCCUCAAUUCACGAGUACAAAAACGAACCCUUCACUGUUCAGUCGAAUGCUUUCUUCUUCCAUGGAGGCAGUGAAGUUCUCUACGCUUCCAACGAAGGCAGGUCCUUUAUUAGAUUCGAAAGCAUCAUCUUUGUGAGGACGAAAGAGUCCAGUGAUAAACAGAAUGAGAUGCAGACUAGGACUGGAUUGGUUGAAGCUAUUAUAGUUGAGGUAAAGGACAAGGAAAGGAUUGGAGGCGCUUUUCUAAAAUCUGAUGCAAUAUGUUGCAACCCAGAACUUUCCAAGGAUAGAUCCUGCAAGGUAGGGGAAGUUAUUAUUGACAAAAAGGUAGACAACCCUGAGUGGCCAAAACGCAUUCAAACCUUCUUCGAAGGAAAAAAUCAAGAAGCUAAGAUGGAUAUGCUAUCUGUUGAAAUAAACAACACUGGAAUGUACUAUCUUUAUUUCAUGUUUUGUGAUCCAUUUCUCAACGGCACAGUAAUUCGGGGUAGUACUGUGUGGAGGAACCCAGAAGGUUAUUUACCUGGCAAAAUGGUCCCUUUAAUGACUUUCUACGGAAUCAUGUCUUUAGUUUAUCUUGCACUUGGCUUAAUGUGGUUUUUACGGUUUGUCCAAUUUUGGAAGGAUAUUAUACAGUUGCAUUAUCACAUUACAGCAGUUAUUGCUCUUGGAAUGUGUGAAACAGCUCUCUGGUAUUUUGAAUAUGCAAAUUUAAAUGCCACAGGAAGCAGACCAAUGGGCAUUACAUUGUUGGCAGUAACCGUUACUGCUGUUAAAAAGACUCUGUCUCGCUUGCUUCUUUUGGUGGUUUCAAUGGGCUAUGGUGUGGUGAAGCCUACCCUUGGUGGUGCAACCUCAAGAGUACUUCUUCUUGGUGUGAUUUAUUUUAUUGCUUCAGAGGCACUUGAUCUUGUUGAACAUUUGGGGAACAUCAAUGACCUCUCUCAAAAAGCUAGAGUAUAUUUGGCGCUUCCUGUUGUUUUCUUGGAUGCUUGGUUUAUAUUGUGGAUUUUCUCAUCAUUGUCCAAAACACUAGAAAAACUUCAGAUGCGCAGAAGCAUGGCCAAACUUGAGCUCUACCGAAAAUUUACCAAUUCCCUCGCAAUAUUUGUGCUGCUUUCUAUUGCUUGGAUUGGCUAUGAGCUGUACUUCAAUGCAAGUGACCCAUUGAGUGAGUUGUGGCGAAUUGCCUGGAUAAUUCCAGCUUUUUGGACUCUGCUUGCAUUCUCUCUCUUGGUGGUGAUAUGUGUUCUUUGGGCUCCUUCAAGUAACCCAACUAG